CCUGACUAGAGUCUGGGAUCGGGGAAGGAAGGGUGGGCGUUCGGGUCCCGGAGGGGCCGCUGAGUAUCCAAGAUGAAUGACAGCCUAUUUGUCAGUUUGGACAGACUUUUGCUAGAAUUUGUUUUCCAGUAUGAACAAGAUAUAAGUACUAAAGAAGAUAUGAUUCAACGAAUUAAUAAAUGCUUUGAAGAUAUUAAAGAAAACAAAGCGACCAUUUGUAAGAUACAUGAAACUAUAAAUACAACAGAUGAGGAAAUCAGCCAUUACUAUAAACAUAGUAAGGAGAUCAAAGACAACUGUAGUGACUGGAGGCCAACAUGUGAUAUAUUUCAUAAACAUGAAGACUAUAUGAAGGACCAGUUUACUAUUUAUCAAGAAACUGUUGAAAAAGACAGAAAAAUGUACCACAGUUAUAUAUGUCAGUAUAAAGAUGUUUUAAAGCAAUACCAACAAAAAUACUCAGAAACACCUCUUUCACAUGAAUAUUAUGAGAAGAAAAGAGAACAUGAAGAAAUUCAAAACAGAGUGUUGGCAUGUACUGAACAACUAAAAAUGAAUGAAACUAUUUUUAUGGAAUUUUUAGUGCCUGCUCCCUUUCCAUCACUUACCAGUUGGACAUUACAUAUGGUUAAUUUGAGAUGUAAAACACAAGAUACUCUUAAACAUGCCAACAAAUUUUCCAAAAGAUCAUAUGAAUUGAAGAAAGAAGUAGGUGAUGUGGAAAUAGAAAUUAAUUAUUUAAACCAGCAGAUUGCAAGACUUUAUGAAAUGAAGAAUCUUUCAGAAACUCGGGAAGAAAAAAAUAAAAAUAUAGAAAAGAGAAACAAAUCGAAAGAAAGAAUUUUUGAAAAAGAUGAACAGCAUGUACUUAGGUUGAAUAAAACCCCUCAAAGCAGUCAAUUAUUUCUUCCAUAUGAAUCUCAGAAAUUAGUCAAAACAAUAAAGAUGCAUCCUUCAGAACCAAGAGUUAAAG